GCCAUUACUAAAUAGGUCAAGAAUUUUUAGUUUUCCCUGAAUACAGGAAGUAAGUCCUGAGAUGUUAACUCUAGUUUUAUGUAUAAGUUUUGGGAACUGUCCGUAAGACAAUCGAAAAUGAGACGUUGUUUAUUUGUUUUCCUAUUGCCUUGUUUCGGAGUGGUGCUAAGUGACUUUUGUACAUGGCAUCCCAGGAUUUUCGAGUCCCAAACAGACUACUGCCUUUACGGAUGUUGCAAAACCAACACCUAUCCUUGCUGUGAUGUACCAACAAACAAGAAUUAUGUCAUUGGCUUCUCCGUUGGUGGUGUCGUAUUAGCUGGCGUCCUUAUGGGGAUUGUGAUCUACCUUUGUGUAAGACGACGCAGACAUCUUGUAGCUGUGGUGACAACUACGAGCCCAGGAGCUCAGACUAUUUGGUCAUCUAGUACUACCACAAUGAAUGCCAGCUCACAAGGUUACGUGAGGAUGUGAUUGGCCCAACUUGAUGUGAGGUCUUCUAGAGAAAAAGAGACUUUUUGAUACUCAGCAUUUUUAUACAUUGUCAUAAUCUUUUCUUUACUAACAAAAUUAUAAAUGUAUGUUGUCCAUUUGAUUAUUAGUUGAAGUAAAUAUUCUAUUCUCUGAUAAGGUCACACUGUCGAUGUCAAUGUAACGUUUUAAAAAUGUCUUUGUCGAACUGCUCACGAAGCAACAGGCAAAGAGUUUCAUGAUAUUUUAUACGUUUAUAAUAUAGAUAACUAUAUAUAUAGUUUUAUUUCAGUACUUUUGUAGAGAUGGUACUUUAUUUUAAAUCAAUACUAAUUAAAAUAAGUAUAAGUUAA